AUGGCGUCGACAGGCGACGGCAUCGUACCAGCUGCAGCUCAAGCAGGUCAGUGGUGUUCAGAAUCCGCUAGCCUUUGCAAACUCGUAGCACGCUUUGCUGAUUUUCAUCUUCACCUGCUAUCUCCUUAGCGCUGGACGAGUACCGCAAGAAAGAUGCGGCAAAGAUCGUAGUCCGCUUCAAAGCGAUCGGGAACGCUCCGAUCAUGAAGAACAACUACUUUCGCAUCACCGCUUUCAACCGUUUUCAUGCUGUCAUCGUCUUUUUGAGAAAGGAGUUGGGAUACUCUGGUAAAGAGCCGCUAGUGAGUGUCGAGUGGAUGGGGCAGAGACACGAGCGCUGUGCCGGGCGAUUCAGAUUCAUCGGGCCGGGAGCUAGAAGCUGCUUGGGUCGCGGCAUAGAUCUCGGCACGCUCGCUCUUGUGGUCGUGUUGCAGAGCCAAGGCCCACAAGCGCUCAUGUCUCAACACUCUGUCCCCUCGAAUGCCGCAGUUCCUCUACAUCAACGCCUCUUUUGCUCCCGCAGCCGACGACAGCGUGGGCAAUCUGUAUAGGGUGCGUGCCCCUGCUGCUCCUUUGCAAGGAUCUGCUGAGUCUCACUCCCUCCUCUUUCUGCAACAGUGUUUCGGGACAGAAGGACAUCUGAUCGUCAAUUACUCCACGCAGGCCGCUUGGGGUUGA